AUGUUUGUUGUGCUUCUUUCGUUAAUUGGUAUCCUUAUAAUUUGGUGUUUUUACUUAAGAUUUUCGAGAAAUGGAAGACUGUACGCGAAGAUCCCAGGUCCAAAAGGUUUACCUAUAUUGGGUAACGCCUUUCAGUUUCUGAUUUCACCAGACAAAUUAUUCACAAUUUCGCGAGAACUGUACAAAACUUACAAAGGUGUAACACACUUACAGGCAUUAAACUUUCAUUGUGUGAAUAUUUACGAUCCAGAGGAUACAGCGAUUAUACUUUCUAAGGCACAGUUUCAUGAGAAAGAUGUUCCAUACAUUUUUUUAAAACCUUGGCUCCGCGAAGGCAUUCUCACAAGCAACGGUCAGAAAUGGCAUUAUAGACGAAAGAUGUUGACGCCUUCUUUUCAUCUAAAUAUCCUAAAGAAAUUUUUACAAAUUUUCGUGAUACAUACGGAAGAUUUAAAAAAAACCUUAGACACAGAACUAUUAAAUGAAAAAACAAAUUUAUACGAAUUGAUCUCGCAUACAACACUUAAGAUAAUGUGUGAGACUUCAAUGGGUGUAUCAAAACAAAGCAAUCUAGAAGCUUUGCAUAGUAAAUAUUUAUACGCUAUUGAAAAAAUUGGUGAUUGUAUCGUCCAAAGAGUUUGUCGAAUAUGGUUAUUCUUCGACUGGAGUUUUAAUAUUUCAAAAUUGGGUGAAGAACAAAAAAAUAUAAUACAAGAACUACAUGCGUUUUCAAAUGACGUUAUUCGUGAUAGAAGAGAAUUUAUAACAAAUAAUACACAAAACAAAUACGAUGAUACUAUGGGGAUCAUUGAAAGUAAGGGUCGUCUUGCAAUGAUUGACUUGCUUUUUGAAAAUGAAAGAAACAAUAAUAUUGAUGAAAGCGGUAUCAGGGAAGAAGUGGAUACAUUUCUAUUCGCGGGGUAUGACACCAUAUCCACUACUUUAAUGUUUUUCAUCAUGAGAAUUGCAAAUGAACCGACAGUUCAGGAAAAAAUUCAAGAAGAAGUUGAUAAAAUAUUCGGAAACUCUACGCGCACGCCUACCAUUGAAGACUUGAACGAGAUGAAGUAUAUUGAAUGUUGUAUAAAAGAGACUCUACGAAUUUAUCCCAGUGUCCCGUAUAUAUCGCGACAUCUCAAUGAUGAAGUUGUACUCGGUGGCUACAGGGUCCCAGCAAACACGCAAGUGAACGUAAUGAUAUACGACUUACAUCACAGAGAAGACAUAUAUCCGGAACCAAAAAAGUUUAUCCCGGAGCGAUUUCUACCGAUCAAUCAAAUAAACAGACAUCCUUUUGCCUAUCUUCCAUUUAGCGCAGGUCCUAGAAAUUGUUUAGGUCAGAAAUUUGCUAUGUACGAAAUGAAAACAUUGAUAUCAGGUAUAACUAGAACGUUCCAUAUUGAGCCUGUGACCAAACCUGAGGACAUAGUCUUCACAGCGAACAUAAUCCUUCGAACGACAGAACCAAUUUAUGCUAGAUUCAGAAAAAGAAAUUUUUAAGAACAAAAUAUUUAUGACACUUUAGUUAUUGUUAAUUUAAAAUAUACACAUACUCUUGCAGUAUUUUUACUAUAUUGUAUUUGCUUUGUUUUCCCGUUUGGGAAACCACUCAUUUAUCACAUAUUCUAAAGCCAAACAGCAAUAAUUAUAUAGUAUUGUUAAGUUCCGGUUUGUAGGGUUGGCGAGCCACUGUUACCACAGACACAAAGUACAUAACAUCUCAGUUCCCAAAGUUUAUGGCGCAUUGACGAUGUAAGGAAUGGUAAAAAUUUCUUAGAGUGCCAAUGUCUAUGGGUGACGGUGACCACUCAAUAUCAGGUGCCCCAUUUACUAGACUGUCUAACUAUUUUAAAUAAAAAAAAAUAGAAAUUAAAUACAGAAAAAAAAUAUAUAAGAAAAAAUAAAAGUUGUUCUAAGAAAACUAUUGUUUCUUGUGUAUUUUAAGGGUUUGUUUUUCUCACUAUAACGA